CCACGAUGACUAAUAUGUGUUCGUGUCCCCUGGCGGACUUUGGCAGCGGCCCUACGAGGUCCAUUCCUAUCCGCUCAAAGGGCACCUCAAUGAUUGGCAGUGGGAUUAGUGGAGCUGGGGGAGAAGUUUGUGGCGACGUCCGGCCAAUGGAACCUGUCUCGGAUUCGUUGAGUGGUGUUCUGCGCCGCUAGGUGGCCCACCAUAGGAUGGGAAUGGGCGAGCUCGACAAUUGUCUGGGUCCUUGAGCGUGGGACCACCAACAGCUUUACCUCCUCCCCUCUUCGCUGCGCGACACAGUACAGCAGGCCAUUCUGGACCACGAAGUGUGGGGUUGGGUGUGGUGGUGGUUGGACCUCUUUCCCCUCAACCACUCUCACCUGCUUCCAGCAGUGCUUCAGCCGAUCGUCCCCGAGCUGCUCCUUCAUAAAACUUCCCCCACCCCGAACCUACUGGAACACAUCAUAGAAAAGUUUAGAACUUUGGGGGGGGGGGGGGGGGGGGCUCACCAUCUCGGCCACUGUCCGAAGUCAGGAGGACAGGGCGCCAUCGGGGACCUCGGCUGAAGUUCUUCAUCUUCUGGCGGUUCCCAGCAGGGCUGGCAGGCUGGGUGACUUGGGUGAGCAGUUGGUCGAAGCCUGGCCAGUCUCUUCCCAGCAGGACGGGCACGGGCAGGUCCCUGACUACUUCCACUUCCAGUGGCCAGGUGCCGGUCCUCGUGGAGAGAGUCACCCGCGGGGUGGGUACGUUCUGGGUGUCCCCAUGGACGCAGGUGAUGGAGAGGCGGGCUUUGGUUCCCACCAGUGGGGGAAACAGGGAGGACUGGACCAGGCUUACCGCACUUACAGAGUCCAGUAGGGCUGUAUACAGACGGCUGUUAAUGAAAACCUUGGUCUGGGGCGCCUCUCGUGGUGGCUCCAAAUGGACGGCACAGCCUGCCAGCCAGGCGCGAUUGGGAGAGGGUGGUGGUUCCAUUGGCAUUGGCUCAUCCUGCAUGCAGGGAACCGCCGACCUGCUGGCUGUGCGCUGGGUGUCCUCUGGCAUGCGUCGCUCCUGGUACACCCUCCGGGGAAAUGGCGGUGCUCACUCCCCAGCCUCUCGUCACAUCGUCAUCUCUGCUAGCUCAACGGCCUCGAUGAGCUCUCCCAUGGUGUGUGGAUUCCUCAUCCCGGCCGCCUGCCGAAGGGGCCGUGGCAGGGCAUACAAAUACCGGUCCACGACGACGCAUUCGGCCACUUGGGCGGUGCUGGGGCUCCCGGCGAGCAACCAGUGCUGGGCGAGUCGGUUGAUUUCGGCGGCUUGGGCGCGGGCUGGCAACCGACUGUUAUACUCCCAGGCUCGGAACAAUUGGGCCGUGAUGAUGGGAGACAAACCCACGCACGCCAGAAUUUCCUUCCGUAGUUCAUCAUAGGAUUCAUUUUGGCGCGCUGGCAUGGAAAAGUAGGCCUGCUGGGGUUCCCCGGUUAGCAACGGUGCCAGUAUCCACGCACACUCUUCGCGGGGCCAGUCCUCUCGAGCGGCGAUGGACUCG